AUGGCUGAGGAAGUGACGGCAAGUGACGGUGACGGCAAUGGAAGGAGAACCAACGUAUUCGAUCCAUUUUCUCUGGACUUAUGGGACCCAUUCCACAACUUUCAACUCGCAACAUCCGCCACCGGAACCACCAACGAGACGGCGGCUUUUGCCAACGCACACAUUGACUGGAAGGAAACUCCGGAGGCACACGUGUUCAAGGCUGAUCUUCCGGGGGUGAAGAAGGAAGAAGUGAAAGUUGAAAUAGAAGAAGAUCGUGUGCUCAAGAUAAGCGGAGAGAGGAAAACUGAAAAGGAAGACAAGAACGAUACAUGGCAUCGUGUUGAACGUAGUCAGGGAUGUUUCCUCCGCCGUUUCAGGUUGCCGGAAAAUGCGAAGGUUAAUGAUGUGAAGGCUGCUAUGGAAAAUGGUGUUCUUACUGUCACAGUUCCUAAAGAGGAGAUUAAGAAGCCCGAAGCUAAACCCAUUCAGAUUACAGGCUGA